AUGCAGAUUUCACAGCAGUUGAGAGGCGAUCCCCCGCAUGAUUAUGUGGUAAAUGGAGCAAUGAGAAGGGUUCAAUUCUUCAAUUCACAUCUUCUUUCUUUUUCAGACGUCGUCGCACUUUGCUUCGGCUUCAUAUCAUCACGAUGGGAUUUAUGAUGACGAUGACUUGUCGGACACAGACGAGGAAAGAGAUCAUCUGAACGGCAAGCUCGGGAACGGUGAGCACCUUCUUAAACUUAACAAGUUAGUAAUUUAUCUUCUUUUUUACCGCUUUUGCAACAUUUCUCUUCAGUCCCGUGAUUAAUAAUUUUUCUUUUCUUUCAGCGGCAGUCGAUCUUCGUCGUCGAAACUCUUUGGACAGGCUCACUCGGAUAGUAGCGAACAUUCGUAAGUUUCAGACGACAUGUUCCACGUAUUCAAUGCAAUAUUUUCAGCCAACGAGGAGGCCGCACAAUUCCAAGGGACAAGUGA